GCCGGAUUCAAGGUGACGCCGGUGGCUGGCUCCAUCCUCCUCAAGUUGCCAUAGCAGCCUCUCUCCCGAUGAGCAGCUCCUCCUGGAGCCCUCAGCCGGGAGGGACGUCAUUGUUCGCUCCUGCCCGUGCAAGGAGGAGACUGACUGGACGGAGAACUUUCUGGGGCCCAGGGUCCACACACCAAGUGGGUGCUCCCAUGGGCACAGGACCGGGUGCCUCGGGCUGCCUCCAGGGGUCCCCACGGCCACGGGGUCCUCUGGGUGACGGGGGGAAGCAUCCAGGCCUCGGAGCAGUCGCAGCCAAGCGUGUCCUUGGAGCCAUCCGUCCAUCUGCCUGCCGGCCUGUCGCCACUGGAGACCGUGGCCUGAUGGAUGCUUGGUGUGGAUGAUGAGGGAAGAACGCGCCUCCCACACCCGAGAGGUGACCCCGGAGCAAGCCCCGGAUGACCCCGCGAGCCGGAACCAUGCGGCUGGCCUGCAUGUUCUCAUCCAUCCUGCUGUUCGGAGCCGCAGGCCUCCUCCUCUUCAUCAGCCUGCAGGACCCCACGGAGCUCGCCCCUCGGCAGCUGCCAGGAAUAAAGUUCAGCAUCCGGCCACAGCAGCCCUACAACGACCUCCCACCUGCCAGCUCCCAGGCUGGUGACCUGAAGGCGCCUACAGAGAAGGUCCUCCAAGACUUGUCCAGCCAGGCCCCGAGGGGCUUCAGCCUGCUGAGGCCUGGCCGGCCUCAAGCCCCCCUAAACACGGGGGCCCGGCUCCGGCCCCGGCAGCGCCGCCGGCGGCUGCUGAUCAAGAAAAUGCCAGCCGCCGCCGCCGCCGUCCCAGCCAACGGCUCCUCCUCCGGCGCCCUUGCGCAGUCAGCACCCUGGGCGCCGGGCGGCCCCGGGCUCAGCCUGCAGCAGAGCCAGCAGGAGCGCAAGCGGGUGAUGCGGGAGGCGUGCGCCAAGUACCGGGCCAGCAGCAGCCGCAGGGCGGUCACGCCCCGCCACGUGUCCCGCAUCUUCGUGGAGGACCGCCACCGCGUGCUGUACUGCGAGGUGCCCAAGGCGGGCUGCUCCAACUGGAAGCGGGUGCUCAUGGUGCUGGCGGGCCUGGCCUCCUCCACCGCCGACAUCCAGCACAACACCGUGCACUACGGCAGCGCCCUCAAGCGCCUGGACACCUUCGACCGCCAGGGCAUCCUGCACCGCCUCAGCACCUACACCAAGAUGCUCUUCGUGCGCGAGCCCUUCGAGAGGCUGGUGUCCGCCUUCCGCGACAAGUUCGAGCAUCCCAACAGCUACUACCACCCGGUGUUCGGCAAGGCCAUCCUGGCCCGCUACCGGGCCAACGCCUCCCGGGAGGCCCUGCGGACGGGCUCGGGCGUGCGCUUCCCGGAGUUCGUCCAGUACCUGCUGGACGUGCACCGGCCCGUGGGCAUGGACAUCCACUGGGACCACGUCAGCCGCCUCUGCAGCCCCUGCCUCAUCGACUACGACUUCGUGGGCAAGUUUGAGAGCAUGGAGGACGAUGCCAACUUCUUCCUGAGCCUCAUCCGGGCGCCGCGGAACCUGACCUUCCCCCGGUUCAAGGACCGGCACUCGCAGGAGGCCCGGACCACGGCGCAGAUCGCCCGCCGGUACUUCACGCAGCUCUCGGCCCUGCAGCGCCAGCGCACCUACGACUUCUACUACAUGGACUACCUGAUGUUCAACUACUCCAAGCCCUUCGCGGACCUGUACUGAGGCGCGGGGCCCGCCGGCCGCAGGGCCGUCCCUCCGUCCGUCCCUCCGUCCGUCCCUCCGUCCGUCCCUGGGCCCUGGCCCGAGCGCCGCGAUGGAUCCGGGCACGUGGGCCGCGACUGCUCGGUGCCGCGGGCCCUCGGCGGGGAGGGGAGGCCCGGCCCUGAAGGGGGCCCCUGGCCUUUGCCCCAUCCCCACUUCCUCACUCUUCAGCCGAGGAGGACGCCGCGGGUCGAGCAGGACCGCAGGAGUCCCGGCCGCGUAGACCCGGCUCGGCUAAGAGUCAGGACGACCAGGGGAUUCUGAGGCCCGGAAGCCGAGGGCCCCAGCGGUCAGGGACCUCCUGCAGUCCCUUAGCCAUUGCCUUGAACCAAACCACAUGGUUUGCAGCUUUUCUAUGACCCCGGGGGGUGGGGAGGUUCCCUUGGAAUGAGGUUCCAAAUAAAGCACAUAGUUUCCAGAGUA